AUGCAUUGCACGGGCUGGGAGAAGGUGUCAUUUCGAUUCCAACAUAUCAAGCUCGUGGAGUCCGCCAUUGAAGCCGAGGUCAAACCGUCCCGCGGGAGACACGGAGUGACAAGGAUGUACCCGAGAAAUAGCGCGCCGGUUGAAGGAAAACCGUCGCCGCCAUCACCGCCGCACUUCAGUGGCGGGAGGAGGAGUGCACACAGACUCUCCAUCACAUUGGACGGCCUUCACAUCGCAGUCGUGGCUGACUGCUCUCGCACGGAGGCGAAAGGGGUUCACGAAGGUAUCGCCAACUGCAGCCCUAAACGGGCUAGCAGGAGCGAUGAACCGGCCUUCGUCGAAGGGUCGUCAGCAGAGAUUGACGAUGACCUGAGGGUUGCCAAAUCAGUUCUUGAAGAUGUAUCGACCCCCAUUGCCCUGGGCCUCACUACCCCUGCCUGUGAGUCAGGCGAGCACACGGAGACAUUGAAAGGGGUAGCAGAGGUAGUGGUCGAGGCGGAGACGGCGGCGGCGGCGAGAGCCAAAGGGAAAGUGCGGGGAGCGCAAAGGUACUCCGGGUCGCCAACCCAGCCACCAUCGGGAAACACGGACGCGCCUCCUAGAGGCCUCAACGUCGUUGUGGAUGCCAGGUUACUGCCGGCGUGUGCGUCGCUAUCGAUAGGCGUUUUCACCCUAAGGUGCAGUGAUGAUCGCGCAAGGAACGGCGACGGUAUGCCCGCCACCGCGGCGGACGGCGUCAUGUCUGGCCGGCUGGGUAGGCUCGAGAUCGUCGGCCGCGGCAAAGGCGGGGAGGCUCCGGAUUUCCCCGCUACCAUCUCCUUCACAUCUACAGAUGUAGAAGAAGAAGAAGCGCAAGGAUCUUCAGGGAACAACGCUCUAGAUGUGACCUGGAGCACUCUCGCUUCCACCGAUGAGGACGAAGAGGACGGCACGAAGCUCAAGCUGGCGAGAGCCUUCCGGGAGAUGCUUUGGACGGGCAGCUCAGCUCAGUUCUCGGACCCAACUGGUGGUCGAGCCUUGGUGCGCCUCGGCGAGCUCAGUGUCCAGUGCCGCCCUUCGGAAGGGGCGGUGGAGGCGGUGGCGGGGGCGGCGAAGCAUGUCGUGGAAGAAUCCGCAACAAGCUUGUCCUCUGUAGUGGUCAGCAGCCUCACCGCAGUCCCCACCAUCGUCUUUACACCGAAGGAGGUACCGAAACACAAGGUCCCGAUCGAACAACCGCCAAACGGUUUGCUGCCUCAACAGCAGUCGCUUCCGCCGCUCCCUUCAGGACCGUCGCCGUCUUCGCUGCUGCCGGGGUGUGUGCGGACGCUCCUUGGAACCCUCCGAAGUUUUCGCCAGUGGCUGAUGAGCCGAGAGCGGCUGCCGCUAAUGUGGCCGUCACCACAGCUGGGUGCGUCCUCUGACACCGUGGACUUUCACGUACUCGAGGUCAAGGUCGAAGCAAGCGCGGUAACCGGCACUGUGGACGCUAGGCUGGCGGGGUGGUUGAACCUGCGGGGUGUGCACGAGGCAGAAGCGUUGACGGCGAUGGUGCAACGGAAAACGAAUCUGAUCCUCGCUGGUGGCACACCCCAAGCGAGGACCGACGGUACUCGAAAGAUUGUGUCGAUUGACACCGUGAGGGUUGCUGUGGAGGAGUUCCUCGAAAACCCUCCCACCAUAGCUUGUAAGGCAACCAGCGAAGAGAAGCUGGCUGGUGUUGGCGGGAAAAGACGGCCUGGGCACCCGGGACGGUUCGACUUUGAGGCGGACAACGUUAGCGUUCAACAGGAACAAACCGAGCAUCGCGGCAAGAGCCGCAUCCCGGCCCCCUGCGACAAGCUGCUCCGUUCGUUGGCAGGCUCGCGCUCGGAUUCGGUCGCCGUGGUGCAAGACACCUCUAUGUUGUUCAAGGAAGGUUCAGCUUCAGUAUUGUCCCAAAAAUCCUUCACACUAGUCCUCGACCUUCCCGCUCGCCUGAUGCAGUGCUCUCGGGCGAGCGUUUCCCUCGCCGACAGGCUUCCUCCUCCCUUCGCGGCGUCUGCAACGGCGGCUUCGAGAACGCGGGCUUCGGCCAUUUUCACCGGCUGCCCUCUUCCCCCCCAAGGCGGCGCUCGUGACGGCGACAACAGCAACAGCAACAGCAACAACCGGGACGACAACACCGCUGCAAUAGGCGUCGUCGAAACGUCUACGGAAGGCCGUUCCGAAAGAGUUCCGUUAGGCGUUGCCGAAGGCCGUGCCAAUGACGACGGCGACGCCGCUACAUGGAGCGGACUCAAGCUGGAAUUCCGCGGCGUGUGCAUGGACAAGGUGGUGGAGAAAGACUCCUUGGGAAGGACGGCAAGGGUUACGAUUGCGAUUUCAUGCAAGGAGGCCCUCACGGCCCUCGCUGUGACCAAGGACUUUCCUGCGCUGCUGUUGUUUCUCCAUCCGUCGCGGAAAAAGGUGUCUGGAACUGAGUCCAUCGGGGAGGAGUACUGCGAGCGUAUCGCCAAUUUAGUAGGGCUCUCCUUCGCUCAGGUCCGCGUUGGCAAUGUACUACCGGUUCUUGGGCCCGCACCCGACGCCAAAACGACCGGCGACGGCACUCAAGCGCAACCCGGCGUCCGCAACGGUGCCACCGGUGAUACCGACGAGGUUAAUGACGAUGGGAGCGAUCAGCCCACUGCUGCGGUAACGAGAGGCGGCGAUGGUCAUGUUGCCACGGCGGCCUCAGCGGCGCCUGUUGGAGGAGGGGGGGCGGUCCCGCGCUCGCCUCCGCCGCCUGCAGCAAGGGGAGCUGUAAAGGCAGAGCACAUUAUCAUUGAUCGGACAGACAUGGCGUGGUCUGGCUCGGUUCACUGCAUGCUCCUACGUCUGUCCCAGCGAUUGGUAUCGACGAUCGACCACCUUGUGGGCUUCCCACCGCCGCCACUCCCGGUAGAGUUCACAAGACGAGUGCUCUUGCGUGGAGCAUACCUCCGCUGCGCGCUUUCGGAGGUGACGGAAGGCCGCCCGCUACGGUCGCCGCUUCCGUCCCAGCGGCCGCUGGCGCGUACCUCGCGUUCCUCAUCCUCCUCCUUCUCUUCCACCUCGUCUCUAGACGAUCUUUCUUUCCGGCAGCCUGCAAUGGAAGGUGGACCCCGUAGCCCGGACAACGACCAUGGGGGCGGCAAGGAAGGGGCCCCGUGUUUUCCCCCUUCAUCGGCGCCGUUACAUGCCCCAUGGUGCCACCACCGGGCUGACGUCCGCCUCGCUAACUUCAACAUGAGCAUGAAGAAGGAGAAGCGCCAUGGAAAACAUCGGGACUCCAAUACUGACUCUGGCCAUGAUAGGAAUCCACUCGCGAAGACAGCUUUCCCGUCAUCUCGUGGACGCGAAGAAAUUCAAGGAGAAGGAAGGAGGGACAACGGCAGGUCAUCGACGCCGCAGGAUGAAAAGCUGGCGCCGGACCACGACGCGGAGAUGACGAUGGAUGCGGACUUGCUGGAAAUCUUGGUGCCUUCACCGCGACCACUGCAGGCCGACCUCAAGCAACAGCCCGGUCUUCACUUCGCGUCUAGAGGAGCAUGGCAAGAAGGGGUAGGGGACGACGGCAGUUGUGAUCCAACCGCAGCUUCUGCUCGUACUAAUCCCCACAAAGACAAGACAGACAUGGCUGGAUUUCCGAAAGGUGAUGACGAAAGACUGUCGACGGCUGCAGCGGUGGGAGUCUCCGCCACCACGGCAAGCAGCGAAGGAGAGGCCAUCCCCGCGCGUCGGGAGCAUCAGCAACGGACAUGGUGUGGAUUGAUGGAAUCGGCGACAAGGGGUGGUGAUAGUGGCAGUACCAAACCGCUUGUCGUAGAAAGUUCCCAGGCGCAAGGUUCAGUGGGCGAGGAGGCGACAAGGGGGGAAAGAGGAGAGGCUACGGAGUCGAAAGGGGACGGAGUCGGUAGUGACAACGAGGGCACCGGUGACGGUCACCCGGGCAAUGGCGACGACAGCCUUGCCAGAAUGACCAGAAUCGUUGCCAUCAGCUCCUUCAGGUUCCGACGAAGCCUUGAUUGGUCUUUGCCCCGUCAAGAGCAGCACGAGAAGCUUGCCUCGGCUGCGACUGGUGGUGUUGCUUCGGCCACGCUCAGCAGCGGUAGUGGUGAGCCGGGGGCUGGGCCAAAAGGAGAAGCGGGGGGAGUCCGCCGGGGCCAUAGCAACGAUAGCGACAACGGGUGCAGCGGUACUGCAAGAAGACGGGAGAAUCGAGGAACGGAAAAUACUUCCUCUCUCGACGUGAAAGCACGGCGAGGGAGCGCGGGGCGGCGAGGACAUGGAAACGGGGACGGAGGCGUGGGAGGGGAACUGUCGCAGCCGCGGUUGUGGUCGAGGACGGGCAUCGAAGUACGCGCGGGGCACAUAGCGGUGUCUCUGCCCCCUCGUUUUCAGCUGGGUGACUUGCAGGUCGCGGCGAUUCUGCAGUGGAAGGGGAUUCAAGAAGCUCUAGGCGAGACUUCUCCCUCUUCGCCGUCGGACUCUUGCGCCACGUCCGUCCUACUGGGAGGGUUCACCCUCCACCUGGAAAGGGAACCACCGCCAGAGCGAACGCCGCCACCCAAUUGUCCUGCGCCAGCCCCUCCCUCGAGUUCUCCUCCGUCUCCACUCCCGCGCUCAAUACUCCAGCGGCAAGGAGCGGUCAAAUUCGGGAGCAUCGCUAGCACAAGCGAAGGUCGUCACAGUGGUUCGGGAUUUUUUUCUGCGCUAAACCUGAGCCGAGGGAGCGGUAGCAUCGGUGGCGAAGGCGGCAACAGCAUCAACAGCAGCAGCAUGCCGUGGCCGCAGCACCCGAGAAUGAUGGUCAAGGGCUUGAGGCAGAGCGGAGCGAGCCUCUCCUCCCUUCUCGGGUUCGGCAGCAGCGGCAGCGGGAGCGAUCUCAGUGACCACGGGGGUAGAGACAACGCCAGGUCGACCAGCCGCCGGAGCUCAGCCAGCCCGGCGGCCACCGGAGCCGACACCCCCAAGCGUCGCAGCAAGCGGAUCACUCAGGUUCCCGCCGGUGAAGGCGGUGAUGAAGCGGGAGGGUUUGGCGACGGUAGGGGAUUCGGCAUCGACAAAAACAGAGGCAGAAAUGUAGGCGACCGGAUUUCGGAGACCGAGAGUGCCCGCGAAGCUCGAGGGGACGGGUUCGGCGGAAAUGAAGCGAGGGCGAAACCGCUUGCCGUGCUCACUCUCGGCGAGAUCAGUUUCGAGCCGACGCUGCUCGCCGCGGUUCGGGAGCUUGACGAGCAUCCAGGGCCCGUGACAUACGGGCAGACGAUGGGGGGGUGGGGGAAACUCUCCUUAUCGUCUACCGCCGUAUACCUGGACGGGCUGCCGGUGCCGUACGUGACCGCAGACAACGUCGUCGUGGAUGGCCUUUUCGCGAGAGGGGUGGCCGCGACCGAUGAUGGAGGCUGCGAUCAACGGUGCCUCGGUUCGAUAGAGUCCGUGUACUCUUCGUCACCUUCCGACGUGAGGCUCGCGUCGUCGGCUACGCUUGAGGAUGGCAAGGAUCAGGAGACGGACGAAGACCAAGGGGGGUGGGUGGAUGGAGAGAAAGAGGAGGGAUGCCGGAAAGGCGCGGCCGAUCGCACACCGCCCACCACCCCCACAGUAGCACCGGCGCCGCAUGUGGAGUUCUGGGAUAGGCUGAGAUGCAUCUUGCACGGAAAGCUUUCUCUCGACGUCGACAAGGUGGAAGUCACUGCGCUGCUUGACCGCUCACCGGCUGCACUUGGGGCGAGUUUGAGGCUGCUGGUGUCAAAAGCUAAGGUGGCGUACACGUGUGGACAUCUGGACCUGAACCUGCAACACACCUUGCUUUCCACCCCAGCCCGGCCUCCUGCGGAGGUGCUUAGAAUGGAGGACGUAGUUUGGGCUGGCUGUGGUCCGGCGGCGAAAAUCUCGCUGCUGAGCUUUCCGUCGUCCCCCAACUGUAUGUUUUUUCCUUCGCCGUCAGCAUCAGGCCCACCCGUAGAUCCUCGCCGGCGAGGAAGCAGCAGUCCGCACGCCAGCCCUUGUCAGAGCCCUGUAAGCAGAGGGCAGGACACGCGGGUCCGACCGGACUCAAGGCGAUACCAGCACCCCAACAACACUCCUGCGUGCCCGUUGUCCGGGCUCGACCGCGAACGCGGCAGCGGCGGCUGUGGCGGCAACGUCUACGGUAGAAGCACCAGCGCCGCUGCGGCGUUGGGCUCAGCGGCGGCCGUCGCAGCAGACACCUUCUCCUCCGAGGAGCCUUCUUUGCAUCCGCAACGCCAACAGGCAGGACGCGGCAGUUUUCCGCCGCUUUCGCCGUCCAACUCGAUGGGGGUAGCACCCUUCGAUAGCGGCCUCCCCAGCAGGAAUGUGGGAGGAGGGAUGGGGAUGGAUUGCCCCGCUUUCAUGGCGAAGCGGGGGGCGGGAGAUGUCCUCGACGGCGGCAACGGCGGGACAACCAUAGGCCUGGGUGACAGUAGCGGCACUUUCGGCGCGCGGCACAGCGUCGCCUUCGUUGCGGAGAUAAUGUUGAAACUAGACAUCGCAUGGGCCUGUGCAGGACACGCCGGUCCUAACGGCCACCACCUCGAGAUUCUUUCGACUGCCGGUACGGUCGGCCAGGGUAGAGAAGACGUAAGGGGCGCGGUGGAUGGCAGUGCCGCCACCAUUGCCACCGCCACCGCCACCGCCACCGCCACCUCCGGCAUCUCUUCUGGCGGAGGAGCUGGGUUUUCUUCCCCGUCGAUACCGGCAUCUCGUCCAGCCAAUCCGGCCCCCGAAGGGAACCGUAGCGAGACCAACAACUCCACUGCUGCCACGAGCACCAAGGGUCACAGCGACUUGUGGGCGCCCUACCGAGCGACAGGUCUGAAACUCAAGAUCUCGGCGGAAAUAUCGCCGGACAAGAUCGGCAGCGGCGGCGGCGGCGGCGGCGGCGGUGACAGACAAUCUCCACAGGGACAGGGAGGAGCGUGUGUAUCCCCCGCUACGAGUCCCGUACCCGUAAGGAGGACAAUCAGCAGCAGCGGCGACGGCAGUCUCGGGGUAUCACCCGUCCACGGGGGAACCCUGAAAAGUGUUCCCAGAAACAACGGCAGCAGCAGCGGCGAUGGUCAUGCCAGCAGGCCUAACUCCUUCCCUAGGAGCAAGCCAAUGGGCGAGGAGGACAAGGAGGAGGAUGACGACGCGGGCGGGAGCGACACCUGCAGCGGGCUCCGCGCGCACCGCCACCAGCGCGCCGACUCGAACGGACCCUUGCGACCCCCGCGGUGGAUGAGGGCGAAAGCACCCGAGGCGGCGGGUCACGGUAACGUAUCCGGGAGCGGGUUCCUUUCGGACAUGAUGCGAUGGCGUUGCAGAACAGUUAGCGAUAUGCUAGAAGAGCAGCUUCCUCUGGAGCAGGCUGGAGCGCGGCGACGAGACAAGCUGAGCAUCUCGCGGGAAGUGUUUGAUGGCGGUGGGGGCGAGGUUGAGGCGCUCGCCGGUCGCAGCAGCACCAUUGGCAGCAGGAGCAACGAAGAGGGAGGAGGUAGCGGUGGUGGUGGAGGAGAAGGAGAGGGAGAAGGGAGACGACAAAAUAUAUCGAGACGGCAACCAUUCCCGUCGCUCACCAUCACGGCGGACGAUGACAACGAAACCGCCGGUGGCCUGCCCGGAUUUGUGGAAUUAGAUUCGACGUCAGCAGCAGGAGGGAGGUUCAGUGGGCCUGCGUCUUGUCCUUCGCGGCCGUCUGGUUGCCGAGGAGAGGCGAGGGAUUCCUUCAACGCGGAAUCUGCACAGGGUUUCUGGAUAGCCUUGCGCCUCGACCUCAUCCAGUGGUUCAUGCCACUCCCAAUCGCCGACACCGCCACCGCCGCCACCGACGACUUCGAGACACAGAUGUCCUACGCAACGCCGCUGGGGGAAAACUCGAGACACGGGGCGACGGCUGCUGCGGCCUCAGCAGCAACGAGGUCAACUCCUCAAACCGCACAAAGAACUACGCCGGACGUCUCGGAGCCUACCGAGGACUCUGAGGAAGCCAGCAUCUUAAGGCUGGUCGAGUCCGUGAGCGUGCGCGCGUCCGUGCGCGGGCUCGCUCUCGCGACGUGGAGGGGAGCCGACAACCGUGACGGGUUUGCGUUGGACAUUGACAGUUUCCACCUGGCAGUGAGUGCGCACGCCGUGCCGCCGGCAGAAUAA